AUACAGUUUUAUGAUUUCGAAAGGUUUGCCUCUUGGUUCGAUGACAUAAAAAACGAUCAAGAAGAGCCGCAUAUAAAAGUUGAAGGAACGCUGGGACUAACAUUUAUUCGACUGAUCUCGUCCUAGCGGCACUAGAAAAAAUGAAGCUGCUCCUAGCUGUAGCAACAAUAAUAACCCUACUGCAACCCUACGACGCAACCCCGGCCCGCAUCGUUUGCUACUUCAGCAACUGGGCUAUUUACCGGCCUGGGAUCGGGCGCUACGCCCAGGAGGACCUCCCUGUGGACCUAUGCACCCACAUAGUCUACUCUUUCAUCGGCGUAAAUGACGCAGAUUGGAGCGUCCUGGUCAUAGACCCAGAGCUGGACGUGGACCAAAACGGCUUCCGCAACUUUACCAAUUUGAAGAAAACGCACCCCAAAGUCAAACUCCAAGUUGCAGUGGGGGGCUGGGCCGAGGGCGGCUCGAAAUACUCGGCCAUGGUGGCGGAGAAGUCGCGAAGGGAUGCGUUUAUCAGGAGCGUAAUCAGUUUCAUGAAUCAAUACGAGUUCGAUGGGUUUGAUCUGGACUGGGAAUACCCCGGGGCGGCUGACCGUGGGGGUAGUUUCAGCGAUAAGGACAAGUUCUUUUACUUUGUGGAGGAGCUGAGACGGGCGUUUGAUAAGGAAGGGAAAAAUUGGGAAAUUACAAUGGCGGUCCCGAUUGCCAAAUUCCGGCUGCAGGAAGGUUAUCACGUCCCGGAAUUAUGCGAAUUGUUGGAUGCCAUUCAUGUCAUGUCGUACGAUCUGAGGGGGAAUUGGGCCGGGUUUGCCGAUUCUCAUAGUCCUCUGUAUAAGAGGCCUCAUGACCAGUGGGCUUACGAGAAACUGAACGUCAACGAUGGUUUGCAACUUUGGGUCGAUUACGGCUGCUCCCCGAAAAAACUAAUCGUUGGAAUACCGUUCUAUGGCCGAACUUUCACCCUUAGUAACAGCAACACCAACUACAACCCCGGAACUUACAUAAAUAAAGAAGCAGGGGGUGGAAGCCCCGGACCAUACACAAACGCCACCGGCUUUCUUGCGUAUUACGAGAUUUGUCCCGAAAUUCUGAACAAAGACAGCGGUUGGACGAAAAAAUGGGACGAACACGGCAAAGUCCCUUACGCGUACAAGGGCAAUCAGUGGGUCGGGUACGAGGACCCCGAAAGUGUCCAAAUCAAGAUGGACUGGAUCAAAUCAAAGGGCUACGGUGGGGCCAUGACUUGGGCUAUUGACAUGGACGACUUUCAUGGUCUUUGUGGUCCCAAAAACCCUCUUAUUAAUAUUCUUUACGCCAACAUGAACUCGUACUCGGUCCCAGAACCCACCAUUUCGACCACUCCGAGGCCUGAGUGGGCGCGCCCUCCGAGUACCCCAUCUGCCGAUGGCUCAAAACCGGUGCAAACGACCCCAAAACCGGGACAAUGGGUGCCCGAGAAGUCCACAUCGACGACUCAAAGGACCACAACGGUGAGUACGACUGAGGCUCCGCCAGCCCCAGCUGUCUCAAAUCCGCAAAACGAAGUUGAUGGAUCAGUGGCCCCCAAGGAGUGUAAACAGGACUUUAUGCCACAUGAGCUUUGCGAUAAGUACUAUCGUUGCGUACAUGGGAAACCCACGGAAUUUGCAUGCAGACCAGGGACUGUUUUCCAUACUCAGAGCAAUAUUUGUGAUUGGCCGGAACAUGCCGAUCGUGAAAAAUGCAAAAAGAUUGAACAAUAAUAAUGUUUGACUGAUUUAACAUAAGAUAUCCUAUGUAUUAUUUUAUUAU